AUGGCGCCUACCCUGAUCCUUUACCUGCUGGUGCUGCUCCACGCGGUGAACUGUGCGCCCUCCCCGACCCAGUCAUCGGGUGCGUCUGCUCUCUGCCCUAGAGAGGAGCGCGCCUUCCUCGACGCUGCCGUUCGAUCGCAAUGCCCCCUCUGGAUCGAAAAGUCGUCGCCCGUCGAGGUACGGUUUGUCGGCCGUCUUCUUCUUCGGAUUCAUCAUCCGGCGUCCUCCGUUUCUGGGUUCCUUGGAUUACUUCUCCGAACAGGACUUUUGGGUUCCCCUCUUUUUCCUCCGUCUCCUGGCUCCCUGAAGAGGCGGGGUUGAAAACACCCUGGUUCAUUCCGUUCUCCUCCGUCUUCGAAGGCUACUUGCUGUUUUUUUAUUCAUUCUGUGUCCUACGCUGGUGAUCAAACUACCUUCUCCCUUUCGCGACGACGAUGGUGCGGAUGAUGGACGGAUCCAGAUACCCUGAUAUGAUAUCUGUUCGGUGAAAUCUUCAGCCUCUAUCUGACUAUUGCCCCAGUUCUUUUUGUCCACCCCCCACAACACUGGCGUUCCCCUUUAAUCUCUGAUGAGGGGGAGCACCCUGGUUAUCAUCAACAAACCCUCUGAAGCAAUCAAGGGCUGUUCCCCUUUGAUCGCUAUUUAAUCCGAGGGGAAAUGGUUAUGACCAAUAACGCUGAAGAGCCCUUGCGUGCCGGCUCGGUCGAAUCUGAUUGUUCAUGGGCGACAUAGUCUAAACGGCCAUGAAGAUUUCCACAGCUCAUUGAAAUUCCUAGUCUAAUCCUUGUGCCGAAUUCUGGGCUGUUUCUGAUUCUCGAUCGGGCGCUGCUCCGUUGCGUGCCAGCUCGGUCGAAUCUGAUUGUUCAUGGGCGAUAUAAUCUAAAUGUCCAUGAAGAUUUCCACAUCUGAUUGAAAUUCCUAGCCUAAUUCUUGUGCCGAAUUCUCGGCUGUUUCUGAAUUCUCCAGCAGGCGCUGCUCAUUCAGAUGCCGCCUUCGAGGCUACAAUCAGGCGAAGAACGUCAAUAGAUUCAUAAGAACGUUGUCGGGAAGGCUCUCCUUUUUUUCUUUUUUUUCCACUAAUUGGCCAUAGAAUAAUCUGCCGUGUGGUUGAAGGCGACGAACUCCAUUAGAUGCCUUUUAAUGGAAUAUAUUGCCGAUCAUCGCAUCGUUGUCCAGCUUAUCCUCCUUAAUUUUUGCUAUUCCUGCUCUCUCGUCCAUUGAUCACAUGUUUUCUCCGCCUCUGGGCAGAUGAAUCUGAGUCGUCUCACAAAUCUGUAGGGAGAACUGAGUGAGCCCCUGGUGCAUAUUUUUCUCAGACUUUCAUGCCGUUCCUCGUGGAAUUCUCCUUUCCCAUUAAUCGAUCACCGGUGAGAUAACAGCUCCAUAGAAAUUCAGCAUCUCGCAAGAAUUCCAUCCAGGAAAAACCUCAAAGCCCACCUCUGUCAGCCUUCACAUCCUUUCUUCUUCUUCUUCUUCUUCUUCUUCCAUUCUAAUUACUCUGGUUGCAGGUGACUGGUGAGACCCUUGAUAAGCUCCUGAGCGACGGCCGGGGGAAGACCCUCUACGCUGUGCUGCUUCAUGCUUCCUGGUGUCCCUUCUCUCGGGCGGCGCGGCCCGCCUUCGACGCCCUCAGCACCAUGUUCCCUCAGAUAAGGCAUCUGGCGGUGGAGGAGUCCUCCGCCAUGCCGAGGUUUGGCUCCGGCUGCUGCUCUCCUUCCAUUCUCUUGUGCUCAGAUUGAGCAGAACUCCUCGUGUUGAUGUUUGCUGCAACCCCUUAUCUGCAGUAUAUUUUCUAGAUUUGGAGCCCACAGCCUUCCGUCCAUAGUGUUGGUCAACGGGAAGAUCAUGGUGCAGCACCGGGGAGGAAAGGAUCUCGAUUCCCUCGUGGCCUUCUACGAGAGAAGCACUGGUAUCUCUGGUUCAGCCCGACAUGGGUUGACUUCUCUUCGUUUUCCGAUCCUUGCUGUACGAGUGAGCGAGCCCGGUUGACUUCUCGGCGUUGCCUUUUCAGGUCUGCGCCCGGUUGCCGACCUAUCUGUUGACCCAGGGGUUCACUUGCGGCGGGAGAGCUCGUCGGUCCCCUGGUGGUGGUCGUCGUCUGCGAGGGAGUUCGUCACCAGGGAGCCGUAUCUUGCCUUCUCCUUGCUGUUCCUCUCCCUGAGGGUGUUCCUCUUCCUCUUCCCGGGGAUCCUGCUCCGGUUGAGGGCCGUCUGUUGGUCGUAUGCCCGGUCGGUGAAGCAGGGGAUCCUUGUGGAGUGGAGCCAGCUUUCGGGGCGGGCCCUGCAGAUGAUCGAAGUGAAGAGGAUGUGCAGCAAGCUCUGUCUCAGCAACAAGAAGAAUCUCCGCAGAGGGGCGGAUAAUGCCCGGGCGUGGGCCUCCUCCCUCACCUCGGUCUCCUCACUGGGUGAGUCGUCUUCUUCCUCGAGGUCGCCCCCGCAAGACUCGUAA